GAAGAAGAAAGACAGAAGUAGGCGUUAAGACUGACGUGCCUGCCAGAUAACAAUAGUGAAGACGUGUUCCUCACUCACACUCACCAAAGUUCUCUCAACAUCCUUCAAGAUGGGAAUCCGAAAAAAGAACAACAAGAACCCGCCGGUGCUCAGCCACGAGUUUGUGAUCCAGAACCAUGCGGAUAUUGUGUCUUGUGUUGCUAUGGUGUUUUUGCUGGGUCUUAUGUUUGAGAUUACGUCGAAGGUAGCGGUUUUGUUCAUAACUGUGCAAUACAAUGUAACGAUUCCAGCAAAUGGAGGUCCGGAGGAAACGGCGGUGAAUUACUUCCAUUACGGUCUGAAAGAUAUAGCCACUGUCUUCUUCUACAUGUUAGUUGCCAUUAUCAUGCACGCCAUUAUUCAGGAAUACGUGCUGGAUAAAAUCAACAGGAAGAUGCACUUCUCCAAAACCAAGCACAGCAAGUUUAAUGAGUCGGGUCAGCUGAGUGCCUUCUACCUCUUCUCCUGCCUCUGGGGAGCCAGCAUUCUUGUUUCUGAAAACCUCCUGUCUAACCCUGUCAGCCUGUGGGAGGGUUACCCGCACACCCUUAUGCCGUUCCAGUUGAAGUUCUACUACAUCUGUCAGCUUGGUUACUGGCUUCAUGCUAUCCCUGAGCUGUAUUUCCAGAAGGUCAAGAAAGAGGAUAUUCCUCGUCAGCUUGUUUAUAUAAGCCUUUACCUGGUCCACAUCACAGGAGCCUAUGUUCUGAAUCUGAACCGAUUGGGCCUGGUGUUGCUGGUUCUGCAUUACUUUGUUGAGCUCCUCUUCCAUGUAUCCCGACUCAUUUACUUCAGCAAUGAAGAGAGGCAGACUGGGUUUACAGUGUGGGCUGUUCUGUUUGUGUUGGGCCGGUUGUUGACUCUUUCCCUGUCUGUUCUCACUGUGGGCCUUGGGCUGGCCGGAACAGAGAAACGGGGUGUGAACCUCGCAGAGGGAAGAUUUAAUGUCCUUUUUGUUCGGGUGACCGUCCUGACUGCAAUAUGCAGCACUCAGGCUUUUAUGAUGUGGAAAUUUAUCAACUUCCAGCUGCGACGAUGGAGAGAACAAGCACAGACUCCGAGCUUAAAGAAGAAAUCGUCCUCUUCUAAGAGCAAAUCGAAGAAAGCCAAUGGUGUGAACGGAUCUGUUGGUGCCAGUGGAGCAGAUUCCCCCAGAGCGAGGAAGGAGAAGUCAUCAUAAAACCCCUCCUAGUCCCAGCUUCUGUCCUGGCUGAAAUCAGCCUGAUCAUUCCUUUCCCUCCUCUCCAUCCCACAGUUUGUCCGUAGCCCCUUUUCCUUUUCCCCUCUUGUUUAUCUGAAAAAAAAAAAAAAAAAACUUGCAAUAUGGCAACUUCUUCAUCCUGCUCCUUGAUCUUGUAGGAUGGUGAAUGCUCAUGAAGCUAUCCAACUUUUAUGUCUCUUUGCAAGAAGGGCUUAAGGAAAACUGGCUUUGGAGGAUUUUGGAGGGGGUCUUCUGUUUGCUUGUUUUUUUUUUGUUUUUUUUUGUUUUUUUUUUAAUUCCCCCCCUACAUUUGUUUACUUAUUCUCAAGGUUCAUAUACUCUUUGCUUUAUUUGCUUAAUGCUGCAAUCCCAAAACUAUGAUCCAGCCAUACCUACAAAGAAACAUGAAAGCUGUGGGGAAGAAGUAACUUAUUUUUACAAGUGCCUAACCAUACAUUUUGACAGAUCAGAGAGGAAUAAUUCAGUAUUUUAACUUGAGUUUGAAUUCAGGGUUGUAUUUAAAGUUCUCUGAAGGCUCACAGUUUUUGUCGAUUCUGUCCUAUGCAUUUGGAACCACGUCUGGUGUCUCUUCAUUUGUCUUGUUGUAUAAACUCAUUGCCACAUUUUUUUUUUUACAUUAGAAAAAAAAUCAGAAGCAGAAAUUAAUUUGAUGCCUUUUUUAAUGAAUUCCAUUUAUUGCACUGUACUGUGUAAUCGGUCAAGGUAAUUAAAAAGUGUAAUGCUCCACAAAUUUUGAUGAUUUAGCAAAGGAACAUGUUCUAAUGAAAACUGUAUUUUUGAUUUGUCAAUAGAUUAUAGAUUUUAUUCUUAAACUUUGCAAAUCUGACUUAACUGUUCAGUGUUGAUAACACAUGAAAAUGUCAAAUCACAAGUGUCAUUCCAGUGAGAGCGAGAGACAGUGGUCAGGAUCUAAGGAAAUGUUCUCAGAUGUAAUCAUUUUCAUAGAUAGUUUUGGUUUAAGAACAACAAUACAGAGAAUGAAGUUCAAUAAAAAAAGCAUUAUCUGUUAUCUCACAAUUGUUUUACCUAAGUACAAUCAAUGAGAAAGACAACCAGUGAAUACAUUAAUAAAAGUGUUGUUUUCAUGGUA